CGCCCGCCUCCGCCUUCUCGACGUUUCACUCGGUCUGCUGAGGCCAAGGCGUUGGCUUUGGGCUCAGCUGCUCGCGCCGGUUUCUGUCUCCUGUUCGCCUGGCAGCUCCUGCGCGACCCCGGCCAUGAUUGUGGAUAACAGUCGUGACGCGGGGUUAGAUGGCGAUUCUGGCUCUCUGAGCAGCCCGUUCAAUUUGGCCUUUUUCUAUGGAGCCUCCCCUCGCUCCAGCGAAGGCAGUUGCUCGCCCACUCCCUCCGCUCCGGGAUCCCCCGGCUCUGACUCGGAGCCCUCGGCCAAUGGCGGCACCGGCGGCAUCUACUUGAGGAAAAGGCGCUAUUCCCGGAACGCCGCGCGCCCGACUGGAGAAGCUGAACAACAUAUGGGGGGAGGAAAGCAACAGAGAGGACCUUUCCAAGGUGUUCGUGUAAAAAAUUCUGUGAAAGAAUUGUUGUUGCAUCUUAGAAAUAGCAAGCAGAUGUCCACAGAUUAUGGAACUGAGGAAUUAAAGGCACAAGGAACAUUGAUGAAACAUGAUCCAUACACAGUAGAACUAAAAAAUAUAUUGACUCAUAAUCGGAAAAGAAAAGCUCCAGACUGUCUUUCUGAUGGAGUGUAUUACAAACGAGCAGCUAUUUUGCAACCUCAGUUCUUGACACCUCCACAGACACCAACUUCCGUGGAUAAUAAUAUGGAGGAUCCCCAUAAUAAUGAGCCUAAGCAAGAUAGCAGCUGUGAUAUGCUGCAGAAUAUUAUCAAUAUUAAGCAUGAAUCCAGCCCAGUGUCUUUGAACACUGUACAAGUUAGCUGGCUUCACAGUAUGGUCAAUCCCAACUCUCCAGGGGAACACCAAUAUCAAGAGAUGGCUGGAGCACCAGCUUUUUCAAAUGUUCAAAAAUACCAGGCUUUCCAAACAAGCAGCUCUUCUCCAAUGCUGGAACUGUCUCAGAAUUAUCAAUUUUCUCCUAUACAACAACAACAACAACAACAACAACAGGAUAUGCCCCAGCAUUGUAUUCCAUUGCUGGAAUACAGGCCUCACUCUGCAGGCAGCCAUUCCUCUGAAUAUCAACAAAACAUUUUUGACAGCCAAGAACUACCAUAUUGUACCACAGAAAGUUUUGCUUCACUUUUAAACGAUUCUGAAGGAUCAGAGAACAUCUCUUCUCCACUCCCUCAAGCAAUUCCCGGUGGCCUCCAGCAAACUGAAGUCAGCAGCUGUUCUCAGCAUUUCAACCAAGUCUCAGAUAACACAUCCAGGGGUCUUGAGGAACAUGGUUUAUCUCUGUCUUCUUCAGAUAUAUCUCUGCAACUUCAGAGCAGUACAGGCAGCACAAGUCAGUUGGGCAAAUCAUUUUUCCAGUGGCAAGUGGAACAGGAAGAAAACAAAAUGGCCAACAUCUCUCAAGACCAGAUUCUUGCUAAAGAUUCUGAUGGUGACACAUUUCUCCACAUUGCGGUUGCCCAGGGACGACGGGCAGUUUCCUAUGUGCUGGCAAGGAAGAUGGCAGCCCUGCAUAUGUUGGAUAUUAAAGAACACAAUGGCCAGAGUGCCCUGCAAGUAGCUGUGGCUGCAAAUCAACACCUUAUUGUCCAGGAUCUGGUCAGCCUUGGGGCACAAGUGAAUACUACGGAUUGCUGGGGUAGAACUCCACUGCAUGUAUGUGCUGAGAAGGGACAUGCACAAGUCCUUCAGGCAAUCCAAAAAGGAGCCAUUGUAAGCAAUCAAUAUGUUGAUUUGGAAGGAACGAAUUAUGAGGGUUUGACAGCGUUGCACUGUGCAGUAGUGGUUCAUAAUGCCGUGGUACAUGAACUACAAGGACAGCAGUCACCUCAUACUCCUGAAGUCCAGGAAUUAAGGUUGAAAAGCAAGAAGUUGGCAGAUACAAUCAAAUAUCUAAUUCAGAUGGGGGCCUCGGUUGAAGCCAGAGACCGUAAAAGUGGCCGUUCAGCCCUUCACCUAGCAGCUGAAGAAGCAAAUGUGGAACUCCUUCGACUGUUUUUAGAGCUUCCAAAUUGUCUGUCCUUCAUCAAUGCCAAGGCGUACAAUGGCAAUACUGCACUCCAUGUAGCUGCUAGUUUGCAGCAUCGAAUGACUCAACUUGAUGCAGUUCGUUUGUUGAUGCGCAAAGGAGCUGAUCCAAGUGCCAGGAACUUAGAAAAUGAACAGCCAGUUCACUUGGUUCCUGAUAGCCCUGUUGGAGUUGAGAUAAGACGAAUCUUAAAAGGCAAGACAAGUCAGCAGAGAUCAUCAGUCUAUUAAGCUCCAUGAGUAAAAAUGACCCAUACUCGCUGUCAGUUAGGCAGCCCCCAUGUAACUGUAAAUAGACCAUUUGUCCAGUGGAGGCAAAUGUUUGUUGUUUCUAUGAAACAAGAAUAUUUUGUUCACUAUUAUAUAGUGGGUUAAUAACAGUUCUUCUUCACAGAUGAGAAUACUUCAUACAAAGCAUUCUGUAAUCAUUUGAAUUACUCCAUUAAGCAAAUUAACAUAUCAAGAACAAAACUGACAGUUAUAGUCUUUCAUAUUUCUACCCAAAAGCAAUUUCAGUGUGCUGUAUUGUUUAUUGGAUUAUCUGACAAGUACCUGACAAGCUGGCUGGUGGGAGGCGCGCACGUAUGCACAGUGGACCUGAUCUAGGGCGAUGGCUUACGUGCUGGCAGAGAUGGCUCUGCAUGCCACUUCCAGCAUGCAUGCCAAAGGUUCGCCAUCACGGAUAUAGAAUAUAAGUAUUCUUAAGAAUAGCAAAAAUUUACUAAUAGUCAUUUAUAUUUUAACUUUUUUCUUUUUAUGUAAUUCUUUAUAGUUAUUUUGAGUAGUUAUGGUUAAUUAAAUGUAAUGAAAGUUUUAAUAAUUUAAACCUUUUACAAUGGGAUAUUCUAUGUAGAAUUCAGUAAAGUUUUUAAAAAGUUUUUAAUUGUUAAGUUGUUUUUGGGAAACACUUUUCAAAACAAUUUAUAAAGAAACAUUGUCGAUAUGGUAUUUUCAUUGAUUACAGCAAUCAUUUAUUAAGAUUUUAAAAAAUAAAGCUGGCCUUGUGUUCAUUCUUUUUCAAAUUAAUUUUUUCCAAUUAAUAUUUCCUGAUGGUAACUGAGUUUAUAAAUUACAUAAAAUUAUUCAUGUUUGUAACAAAAAAUAAAGAAUUCAAUUAGAAUAAAUAAGCAGUAAUAUGACACAGAUUCAAUUAGAGUUUAAAAAUGAACUCUGUUUGAUCAAAAUGAUGCUGAUUAUAUGUCAUAUAUAUCCUUUUUGUCAUUUGUAAAAAAAAUUCUAACAAUCAAAUAAAUUAGGAUUACCUGUUAUAUUCUAAUAGCAAUACUUUUAAAAACAAUACUUUAUUUUCAUUAUGUAGCAACAUGCAACAAUUCGUUAUUUGCACUGUAGAUACUGAUGGCCACUGGCUUUUAUGACUUUGUAGAUGACAGAAUUGUCAGUAGCUAUUGAGCAUGAUACCUCUUAUCAUCCUCAAGAAGAAUUGAAGAGGAAUAUGAAUUUCAAGAUUCAGUAUAAUUUGGAAUACUGGUUGUUUUAAAAGUUGUUAUAUAUCUUUUGCAUAUGAUAGGAGUGCCAAAACUGAUUUUUGUGACUUUGUGGUCCCAAAGAUUUCAGUUCUGAUGUUUCUAAAAGACAAGCUAUUUCACCAUUUAAAAACCCAAAACAUCAUGAAAUCCAUCUACUCUGAAUCUGGAGAGUAGUCAAUACACCACAUAAAGAGUGGUGUCAUCCUCAGAUUGAUAGAAGUCACAUAUCCCUAGUUUAUGAUAAUCACAAAGGCAUUUGGCUAAUGAUAGAAAAUUGAAUUGAUGUUUGGUCUGAGUAGGAAUCUUCUACACUGACUUUGAUUCUCUCAUUUUGAAUCAAUAGAUGUAUGUCUCAGGGCUUUGCAAAAAAUAAUUGCAUUAUAUUGUUUUACCUUAUAGGUAUAGUAGGUAGCCAGAUGUUAAUAUAUCAAAGAAUGUAAAUAAAACAUAUUAAAAUAUUUCAUUGUAUUAAAUACUUUCAGAAUUGCAUUGUUUUUUAAAAAUUAUGUACAUACUGUUCUUGAAUCACUACCCUGAAUCAUGAAUUUUCCAUAAUUAAUCAGAUCAUAUUGUUUGAUCAAGUAUGUCUUGUAGACAAAUAAUAGGGAAAUUUAUAUUUGAUAUUUAGAAGUACAAAUAUAUCUUUUGAAAUAAACUUGUU